AUUGCGUGCAGGCUGCAGCUCAUUCAAAGUACAGCAGAACUGCACAGCAUAGCACAGCUCUUUGGACUCGCACAACUUUUUUUUUGCCUGCUCUAUCAUGGUUCCAGUGAGGUUCCCCAUUGACCAUCACCUGGCCACCGGGGUGCCCUGAUGAGCGUUAGAUAUAACUCUAAGUGGGAUGACAGAGGGGACAACUUUUUAUACGUUUAAAACAAGAGCGCUUCUUUUUUUUUUAUAGCGUCAUUAGAGCAGCGAUCAAGAUGAUGUCCGCGAUAGAGACGGGUGCCGCCGUUUACCAGCCGGCCCAGCUGCUGAACUGGAUGUGCAUGUCUCUGCAGGAAAGCCAGACCAAUGCCUUCGAUGCGUUCAGACCCGGGUCCGAGGGCUUUUUGGACCUCCACACCGCAAAACGCUGUGCAGCUGAGCUGAGCUCUCCGCUCCACUCCAACUAUCUGAACAGCUUUUUGCAGCUCAAGAGUGAGGCCUUGAACAACAGCCCCCAGCUCUACAAGAGCCCCUCCCCGUACGGGUCCCUGCACAACAUCGCCGAGGGUCCGAGCUCGCUGACGGACCCCUUCUCCGAGCUGUGCCUCUCGCCAUCGCCCGCGCGCAGGCUCAACAAACGCCCGCCGCCCAACUACCUCUGCCACCUCUGCUUCAACAAGGGACACUACAUCAAAGACUGCCCUCAGGUGAGCCGCGAGGGGGUGGUGGUGGUUGUUGUGGUUCUGCUGGGGGGCCGACCCCAACCCCCCCCCCCCCCCCCCCCCCGCAUCUGGUGGGGGGAGUGUGACCUGACUCAAAACAGACGGGUACAAAAAAAAAGUUGGGGAAACGAGCAGCAACUAAAGAAAAAAGAAAUGUGUGAAGGGAAUAAGGCUUUGAAGUGGCAACUGUCCAAGAACCCCCCCCUCCCUUCGCAGGUUGAGAGACGCCCUUUAUCCCCAGACGUUCUCCAUUCCUGGGUUGAGUCUGACUAGUUUUAUUCUUGUCUUCAGGGGAAUUUCGUCAAAUUGUAUGAGACAUCCUACAUAAUAGGAGUCCAAAUUGUAUGGGUGUGACUUUUUUGUGUAUUUCUGUGUGUGUGGAUGCGUGUGCGUGUGUGAUGUAUUUGUGUGUGUGUGUGUGUAUCUGUGGAUGUGUGUUUGCAUAUGUGCCUGUGUGUGUGUGAGCAUUCAAAUGUGUGUGUGAGUGCACCACUUUUGUGAGAGUGAAUCUAUGAUGUGUGUUCAUGUGUGUGGGUGCAUGUGGGAGAGUGAAUCUAGUGUAUGUGCUUGCUUGUGUGUGUGUGUGUGUGUGUGUGUGUGUGUGUGUGUGUGUGUGUGUGUGUGUGUGUGUGUGUGUGUGUGAUGUGCAUGCUUACAUGUGUGUAAGUGCCCUUGUGUGAGAGUAAAUCUAUUAUGUGUGUACGUGUGUGUGGGUGCAUGUGUGAGAGUGAAUCUAGUGUAUGUGCAUUUGUAUAUGCGUGUGAGAGAGUUAGCGUGAUAUAAAAACAACUCCACAGCACCAAUUAUGAAAGUGCAUAGUCAUGUUAGAUGUGCAGCGACGGGUCAGUAAUGAACAACUGAUGCUAGAUGAGAUCUCUGAGCCUUAAUGGGAGAUGAUGGUUUUCUGUGAAGCUACAGCAAAACUCUUUUUUCGUACAGGGGAAAUACCUGACAUUUGUCAGAAGUAAUGAAAGGGAAUUGAAUAACACAUGGGACAAAAUGUGAGGCAGUUUUUUUUUUUUUUUUUACAGAAACUAUACUUAAAUUCAAUGAUAGAGUCAGUAUUGGAAAGUAAACGGUUGGUUCAGAAAGCUGGUAAAAAGCGAAGCCAACUGCAA